AUGUGGAUUCGUCUUGAUCUGUUGCAUUCACAUCGACUGCUUUACUCGUCCGUCUCCAGUCACUCGCGGCGUUUAUUGUCUCUCCGUGUCUUUACAUCCACUCGUGCAGUAUUACAAGCAGUUGUCGUGCCAUCAACACCUGUGCACGAGUCAAUUGGUUCCGGACAUUGUCACAUCUUGGCUCCUGGUAUGGGCAGUUUUAAACCUCAUCUAGAGCCCCAUCAAUCGACGUAUUCCGACUUUCUACCCUUAGUACCAUCCGAGUGUUUACAUGUGCGCAAACAGACGAUGAAAGCCAAGCAAAAGGUGACGCAAGGUCCAUCUUCUUUCACGGCCAUGUUCCGAGAUAUGUCACCUUAUAUUAAUUUCCAUCGAGGAACGACAAUGGUGAUUCAUUUACCAGGUCAAUUGGUAGCAUCGAAUCUCUUUAGUGCCGUCAUGCACGACAUUGCAUUGCUCAAUACUUUUGGCGUUAAACUCGUGCUAGUAGCAGGCUCUCGUCCACAAUUAAACCAACAGCUAUCACUUCGAAAACUUUCGCAACGAUUUGAUUGUGGGAUUCGAAUUACAGGCCCCACGGAACUGCAGUGUGCAAUGGACGCGGCCGGAUCCGUGCGAUUUCAGAUUGAAAGCUACUUGGGACGAGGGAUUGUCAAUUCACCUGGACGAGCGCGAUCCAUUAAUGUUUCGUCGGGCAACUUCAUCACUGCGCAGCCCGUUGGAGUCCGAGGUGGCGUGGACUUUAAAAACACUGGAGAAAUGCGUCGACUAAAUGUCAAAAAAGUGCGUGCUGCAUUAGAUGACGGCGAUAUCGUCCUAAUCUCGAGCAUUGGAUACAGUGCUAGUGGUGAAGUCUUCAAUUGUCUCUCCGAACAGGUGGCCAGCAAAUGUGCUGUUCAGCUUGAAAGCUCAAAGCUCAUCUUUAUGCACGACGGCGAAGAGUUGAUUGACUCGCGGUCAAACUCAGUAGUACAUACACUUGUGAUUGAGCAAGCACAGCAGUUUUUGGAGCUCGCACGGCAAAAUCCGGAUAUUAAUGGGGACUUUCUAUUGUACUUGAAAGAGUCUACUAAGGCUUGUGUGAACGGGGUCAAGCGCUCGCAUCUUGUAAGUCGCCAUGUUGAUGGUGGCUUGCUGGAGGAGCUGUUUACCCGUGAUGGUGAAGGCAUUAUGAUCACAAAGCACAUGUACGAAGGAAUUCGCAUGGCUACAACCAAUGACAUUGUCAGCAUCAUGCGCCUCAUUCAGCCUUUGCUGGACGACGAUGUGCUGGUAUCGCGUGAUCAGGAGCAAAUUGAGAGUAACGUGAACACCUUCACGGUUGUAGAGCGAGACGGUGCUAUCAUCGCUUGCUGCACACUACAACCGUAUGAGAACAACUUUGCCGAAAUGGGUUGUGUAGCUGUGGACCCAAACUAUCGCAACCUGGGCAAGGGUAACGCCAUGUUGGGGUACAUCAUGCGCAAGGCAACAUCCAUGGGCAUUACAAAACUGUUUGCGAUGACGACACGAACGGCGCAUUGGUUCUUGGAGCGUGGUUUUGUCGAGGGUACAUUGAACGACUUGCCUCCGUCGAAGCUAGCCAAGGUCGACGUCAAGCGCAAGUCAAAGGUCUACAUCUGUGACAUCAGUACGAAAAGAGCUGUUGACGAGAAAGAGCUUCUUCUUCGGAUGGAAUAA